AUGAGGCAGGCGGCGUCGGAGAACACAACUUGCCAAGAAAAUAAAAAGGAAAACACGGUAGCCGAUAUCCGAGUCAUCACCAAUGACAAUAUCGCUACGCUGAAGAAUACCACAGCCCGAGGCCUGCAGGACAGCCACAGCACGAGACCUGCAGGACAACCACAGCACGAGACCUGCAGGACAACCACAGCCCGAGGCCUGCAGGACAGCCACAGCCCGAGGCCUGCAGGACAACCACAGCACGAGACCUGCAGGACAACCACAGCACGAGACCUGCAGGACAGCCACAGCACGAGACCUGCAGGACAACCACAGCACGAGACCUGCAGGACAACCACAGCACGAGACCUGCAGGACAACCACAGCACGAGACCUGCAGGACAGCCACAGCACGAGACCUGCAGGUCAGUCACAGCACGAGACCUGCAGGACAGCCACAGCACGAGACCUGCAGGACAACCACAGCACGAGACCUGCAGGACAGCCACAGCACGAGACCUGCAGGACAGCCACAGCACGAGACCUGCAGGACAGCCACAGCACGAGACCUGCAGGACAACCACAGCACGAGACCUGCAGGUCAGUCACAGCACGAGACCUGCAGGACAGCCACAGCACGAGACCUGCAGGACAACCACAGCACGAGACCUGCAGGACAGCCACAGCACGAGACCUGCAGGACAGCCACAGCACGAGACCUGCAGGACAGCCACAGCACGAGACCUGCAGGACAACCACAGCACGAGACCUGCAGGUCAGUCACAGCACGAGACCUGCAGGACAGCCACAGCACGAGACCUGCAGGACAACCACAGCACGAGACCUGCAGGACAACCACAGCACGAGACCUGCAGGUCAGUCACAGCACGAGACCUGCAGGACAACCACAGCACGAGACCUGCAGGACAACCACAGCACGAGACCUGCAGGUCAGUCACAGCACGAGACCUGCAGGACAGUCACAGCACGAGACCUGCAGGACAACCACAGCACGAGACCUGCAGGACAGCCACAGCACGAGACCUGCAGGACAACCACAGCACGAGACCUGCAGGACAACCACAGCACGAGACCUGCAGGACAGCCACAGCACGAGACCUGCAGGACAACCACAGCACGAGACCUGCAGGACAACCACAGCACGAGACCUGCAGGACAACCAGAGCACGAGACCUGCAGGACAACCAGAGCACGAGACCUGCAGGUCAGUCACAGCACGAGACCUGCAGGACAACCACAGCACGAGACCUGCAGGACAGCCACAGCACGAGACCUGCAGGUCAGUCACAGCACGAGACCUGCAGGACAGCCACAGCACGAGACCUGCAGGACAGCCACAGCACGAGACCUGUAGGACAGCCACAGCACGAGACCUGCAGGACAACCACAGCACGAGACCUGCAGGACAACCACAGCACGAGACCUGCAGGACAGUCACAGCACGAGACCUGCAGGACAACCACAGCACGAGACCUGCAGGACAACCACAGCACGAGACCUGCAAGACAACCACAGCACGAGACCUGCAGGACAACCAGAGCACGAGACCUGCAGCCUGAUCCUAUCCGUAAAAUAAGAGUGGGACUACUUGGUGGGAACCAAUCAGCUAUUGUGUUUACAUGCCUCCACCCAAUCAGCAGAUAUGUUUACCCCCAAGUAACCAAUCAGCUAUUGUGUUUACAUGCCUCCACCCAAUCAGCAGAUAUGUUUACCCCCAAGGAACCAAUCAUUGAACAGGGGAACUUGCCAAAAACCAAUCAGCAGGAGAGUUUACUUGCUGGCAAUAAAUAA